UGGAUUGGACAACACAGUCCGCUGAUGCGCUGGGAUUUAGGCAUCGCGAUAAGGAUUAAAGAGUCAGCCGUCAGUGCGAAUCAGCCCUGUGGACGACAAGCAGCAGUGUUUGGAAACAUAAGACAGAUUUCCACCAAAUGAAUCAUGGCUGAGUUUAGUUGUUCAGUUGCUGUCCAUUAAUGAGAUAUGGAUCCAUGUACCAGCAAAUUCAAAAGACCAGCCGUGGCUUCAUAUGCAGGCCACACAACGACUGGCUCCCACCAAAGAUCGCAGCUUCAAUCAACAGAAGCUGAACCAGAGUGAAUUUAAGCUUGUAAGCAUCCUGUACGAAAGUAAUUUGCUCUAACUCUGGCUGUAUGGAGCCAGGGCUCAGCAGCUCUGCCAUGGUGUUAUUGUUGUCCACCUGACAUAGAUGAGUGGGUCUGUGUCUAUCAGGAAAGGGUUUGCUGCAGCCAAAGAAGAUAUGUGUGCAAACAUUUCAAUACUUAACCUCAGAGACACUGACUCAUUUCAAACACACAGCCAUUCAGGCUGUUGAAUAUUGAGAAAUACUGAGCACACCCAAGAUUACAUGAAAUUCCUAGAUAUUCCCAGUUUUCAUAACAAGCAUUGUCUAAAGACACUUACAUCAGCAUCAAUGGAUUGCUAGAAGUUGCUAAAUAUGAAGUAAGCAUUUAAUAUCUUACAUAUUUUUUAUUAUUUUUAUACCCAUUAUAUUAUACCUGUUGUCAUGUUUUUAAAUAAAUUGUGAGUUAAGAGCAAUAGAAAUCUCAUUAUGGUUUUGCCUUCCCCUGACAAACAGCAUGUCUGUUUAACUACCAUAAUCAUCAUGAUGAGCAUGGCUGUCAUGGAUGCGUACCUGGUGGAGCAGAACCUGGGUCCACGUAAGAUUGGCGUUUGCAUCAUUGUAUUGGUAGGGGACAUUUGUUUCCUCAUAGUUUUGCGCUAUGUAGCUGUUUGGGUAGGGGCUGAGGUGAGGACUGCAAAGCGUGGCUAUUCUAUGAUCCUCUGGUUCCUUUAUAUCUUUGUUCUGGAGAUAAAACUGUACUUUGUUUUUCAAAACUACAAGGCAGAGCGCCAGAGUAUGGAGACUGUCACACGGAAAGCUUUGACUCUGCUACUCUCAGUUUGUGUUCCAGGGCUGUAUUUUGUCCUGGUGGCCCUGGAUAGCAUGGCGCACAUGAGAACUUUUCGGAAAAAAGAAGACAUGCGAGGUAGAUUGUUCUGGGUGGCACUGGACUUGUUGGACAUACUGGAUAUCCAGGCCAACUUGUGGGAACCACAGCAAACCGGACUGCCCAUCUGGGCUGAGGGACUAAUGUUCUUCUAUUGUUACAUUCUUCUGCUUAUUCUGCCAUGUAUAUCUCUCAGUGAGAUCAGUUUGCAGGUUGAGCACAUGUCUCCACAGAAGAUGAUGCUUUACCCUGUCCUCAGUCUUGUUGGCAUUAAUAUUGUUACUACUCUUAUUCGUGGGGUCAAUAUGGUGCUUUUCCAAGACAGUCGAGUGUCCACCAUCUUUAUUGGUAAGAACGUAGUGGCCUUAGCCACCAAGGCCUGCACAUUCCUGGAGUAUCAUCGGCAGGCUAAAGAGUUCACGCCACAAGACCCUGUAACCAUUGCUAUGGAGACACAGCAGAACUCAGUGCCACACAAUGAAAAGCUGCCAAAUACUACCACUAGCUUUCCAGAAGAGUCAUCAUCCCCCCAUGAGAUCACUGACACGUGACCAGAGUUUAGAAGAACUCCUAGGACCAAUUCCCAUAGUAAGCAUUUUGGAAGUGUUUUGGAAGUCGUCUAUCUCCAGCUUCAAACCACACCCAUCUGUCCUGUACAGUGCAUUACAAACUAUAUUUAAACUACUGAUCUCAAAACAUGUAUUUGCAGAGCAAAAGUGUGGUGAUAACACCCAUUAAGCCAAUUUAAGGCACUAGUACAGAAUAAACACAAAUCUAUGUUGUUUAUUUACUUCCCCAUGUUUUUAUUUCAUGGAAAAUUAAAUUGCAUUUUAAUUUCAGCUUGCUCACAUUCAUCUGUUCCCAACCUCAUGCACCAUCAACAUUGUUUCAUGUAAGGCUGUUAAAGUUAUUUAUAAAGCAGGUGUGUGCUGUUGCUCUGUUUCUGCUGCAGCAAACCAAUCUGCCUUUGAUUGGAUUUGUCUGAAGGUUGCUUACACUACACACACUUCUUAUUUACCUUUCACUACAGACUGAAUUUUAUGUUAGACUGAUUGUAAGUUUGGUGCUUGAGAAAUAUUAGGCAGGUGAAUGAGGUCGUCUUUUCCAAUCCUUUUUGACUAGACAGCUAAAGUUGGAUGCUGAAGUUCCUCUUUAUAAAGUAUUUUUAUCUUCCUAAACUGAAACAUGACCUCAGCGAAUUAAUGAUUAGUGGCCAUUUAUUACCAAAGUGAAAUGUCUUCGGAAUUAUUAGUCAUAUGUAUGUUUUCAUCAGGAUGAAUAAUGUAACCGUAAAGGGGAUUCUGUUGCCAUGAAGAGAAUAUUUGUAUAACUAUGUUAAUUAGAGGUGCUAUUUUACAGCAGUUUCAUUACAAUUUGAGAUUUUCCAUAGCUAGGAUUAAUUUGUUAUUUAAAGAAUUUCCCAGAUUUCAUGACUUUUGGUUAAUUGCCUUGUAUGCUUCAUUAUAGAGCCUAUAUAAUACUGUACUUUUACAUUUCACAAAAGAAAACACCCUUCAAAUGAUCCAUAAGGGUUGCCAAAUUUUCAGGUCAAUAAGAACUCUCAGUCAAUCAGUUUGAACCGGUUAAAUAUGUGCACAUGUCCAGAAAUACACAUUUUGUUCGAAGCAAAAAAUUGUGUAUCGUAAACAUUUGGAUAAAAGAGAUAUUUUUAUGAUUUUAUGAAAUUUUGUCAAUUUUAUUGACAUUUAAAUUGCAGGAAAUGAUUGCAGAAUAUUCGGAAAUGUGUUGCCUGUCUGAGAACAUUGUCCAUGUCCAUAUAUGUGUGAGAUGAUGAUUUUAAUUGCCUCUCAACUUUUAAAAAGUUAUUAAAAGAAAUUUAAG